AUGGCAAACUACAAAGGUCUCCCAAAACAAUCAGUGGUGAAUUGUAAAUUAAACAAAGGUGAAAUGACGUUUGCUAGAAAUGGCCCGCAGAUAUGUGUUAAAUGGAAAGAUACUAGAGAUUUUUUAUUAUUAUCAACAGUUCAUUCGGCUGAUAUGAAACCCGUGACUAAAAGCAAGAGGUGGCGAAAUUCAAAAGUGGAGAUCAACUUAUAA